AUGGACGUCUUCGAUAGUCACGAAAACAGCUCUGAAUCCUCGAUAUCCCUUGCCUCGUCUGUCUUUACACAUGAUCCUGACUUUUCACCUUAUGACUCGUAUGUUGUCGACUCUGACGCCCCUGAUGAUAUGGAUGUGGAUGAUGACGUCCAGCCACCUCAGCACUAUGGUCCUCCCAGUUAUGAGUCCUUGAUGCUCGAGAACACUACUGUCCGUUCUGAUGCCGACUUCUUCUCCGUCACGGGCUGGACAACAGCAACCAUCGGGUCGUCGUCGGUCGUCUCCACCUCCGAGACAAGAUGUCCCACUCCGGCCUCAGCCCCGGCAGCCGAUCUCCAAGUCCAGGAACCCCGGUCUUCAGACUCCUCCAUGACCACUCCCAGUCCCGUCUCGCACGUGGUCGGCCGUGCUUCUGACAUCUCCACCGGCGUCGAUUCCUUGUUCAACUACAGAUACGCCUUUGUCUUCCAAGAUGAUCAAGGACUAUGCGGCAUCGGAGCGUGGGCUGACAUCGCGACGAGUCCAUUACUUGCCAAGAAGAAGCGGAUGACUCCGCGACAGUGA